AUGGCGCUAAUGUUUACAAGACAUUUCUUAUUUUUGUUAGUGUUAGCAAUGUUUGUUCACUCCAGUUUUGAAGAAUCUAUAAGCAAUUACUCUGAAUGGGCUGGUUUUGCAGAUGAUAUUGAUCAAUAUAAGACACAACAAGUUCAAGAUUUCAGUCACAACCAAAAACUGAAAAAAGGGAGUUUCCAUCCAAGUUUAUAUUUUGAUGCUAGAGACAUCCAAGCACUGAGACAAAAGUCUCGCACAAGCCAUUUGCAUCUUUUUAGAGUUAUCAGAAGUGCAGUUACAGUGAUGCUGUCCAACCCAACAUACUACCUACCUCCACCCAAGCAUACUGAUUUUGCUGCAAAGUGGAAUGAAAUUUAUGGUAAUAAUCUCCCUCCCUUAGCAUUUUAUUGUUUGUUGUGCCCAGAUGACAAAGCUGCCUUUGAAUUUGUCUUAGAAUACAUGGAUAGGAUGGCUGGCUACAAAGACUGGCUAGUUGAGAAUGCUCCAGGGGAUGAGGUGCCGCUUGGCCACUCCUUAACAGGUUUUGCCACUGCCUUUGACUUCUUAUACAACUUAAUUGAUAAUCACAGAAGACAAAAGUAUCUGGAUAAGAUAUGGGCUGUCACUGAGGAAAUGUAUGAGUAUUCUAAGGUUCGUGCAUGGGGAAAACAACUUCUCCACAAUCACCAAGCCACAAAUAUGCUGGCAUUGCUCACCGGUGCCCUGGUGACUGGAGUGGAUAAAGGAUCUCAAGCAAAUAUAUGGAAACAGGUGGUAGUGGAUGUGAUGGAAAAGACCAUGUUUUUGCUUAAUCAUAUUGUGGAUGGCUCUUUGGAUGAAGGAGUAGCUUAUGGAAGCUACACUGCCAAGUCUGUCAUACAGUAUGUUUUUUUGGCCCAGCGUCACUUUAAUAUCAAUAACUUGGAGAACAACUGGUUGAAAACGCACUUUUGGUUUUAUUUUGCUACCCUCUUACCAGGCUUUCAGAGAACAGUGGGUAUAGCAGAUUCCAACUACAACUGGUUUUAUGGGCCAGAGAGCCAGCUAGUGUUCUUGGAUAAAUUUGUAUUAAAGAGUGGAGCUGGCAAUUGGCUAGCCCAGCAAAUUAGAAAGCACCGGCCUAAGGAUGGUCCAAUGGUUCCUUCUACUGCCCAGAGGUGGAGUACUCUUCACACUGAAUAUAUCUGGUAUGAUUCAGAACUGACUCCACAACCUCCUGCUGACUAUGGCACUGCUAAAUUGCAUAUAUUCCCUAAUUGGGGGGUGGUGACUUAUGGGGCUGGCCUGCCAAACACACAGACCAAUACUUUUCUAUCUUUUAAAUCUGGAAAAUUGGGUGGCCGAGCAGUCUAUGACAUAGUUCACUUUCAGCCAUAUUCCUGGAUUGAUGGCUGGCGAAGCUUCAACCCAGGUCAUGAACACCCUGACCAAAACUCUUUUACUUUUGCACCAAAUGGACAGGUGUUUGUUUCUGAGGCCCUCUAUGGGCCCAAACUAAGCCACCUCAAUAAUGUUCUUGUGUUUGCCCCAUCGCCUUCAAGCCAGUGCAAUCAGCCUUGGGAGGGCCAACUUGGGGAAUGUGGCCAGUGGCUCAGGUGGACAGGUGAAGAAGUUGGUGAUGCUGCUGGAGAAAUUAUAACAGCCUCUCAGCAACGGGAAAUGAUGUUUGUGAGUGGGGAGGCUGUGACAGCUUAUUCUUCUGCAAUGAAACUGAAAAGUGUGUAUCGUGCUUUGCUUCUCUUAAAUUCCCAAACCUUGCUCGUUGUAGAUCACAUCGAGAAGGAAGAGGACUCUCCAAUUAAUUCCGUCAGUGCCUUUUUUCAUAAUCUGGAUAUUGAUUUUAAAUAUGUCCCAUACAAGUUUAUGAACCAAUAUAAUGGAGCCAUGAUGGAUGUCUGGGAUGCCCAUUAUAAAAUGUUCUGGUUUGAUGAUCAUGGCAAUAGCCCCAUAGCAACAAUACAGGAAGCUGAACAAGCUGCUGAAUUCAAGAAACGGUGGACUCAGUAUGUGAAUGUGACAUUUCAAAUGGAAACUACUAUGAGCAGAAUUGCAUAUAUUUUCCAUGGACCCUAUGUCAAUGUUUCCAACUGUAAAUUUAUUGAUAAUUCUAAGUCUGGAUUUCAGAUUUCACUAAAUGUCAACAACAGUGACCAUGUUGUUUCCAUUGUAACAGAUUACCAUAAUCUGAAGACCCGAUUCAAUUAUCUGGGAUUUGGUGGCUUUGCUAAUGUAGCACAUCGAGACCAAAUUAUCCAUUUUGGUUUAGGCACUGAAACUAGAGAGAAACCAGUAAGGAAUAGUAGUGUUUCUUUUCCCUUUGGUUUUAAAAUCAAUAUGAUAGUAGGGUUGAUUUUGGGUGUGAGUUUGAUGAUUUUAGCUUUUCAGUGGAGAUUUUACCUUUCAUUUAGUAAACUAAUGCGUUGGAUCCUAAUCAUGGUUAUAACAUUGUGGUUCAUUGAAUUGUUGGAUGUGUGGAGUACUUGUACUCAGCCUAUCUGUGCCAAAUGGAGCAGUGACAUGAUGAGCACAGAGGCCAAAACAAGCAAAAGAUCCAAGCACUCUGAAGGACACCCUAUUUCUCUGCCAGAUGUUGUCAUUACCUCACUCCCCAGUUCAGGAGCUGAAAUCCUAAAGCAGCUCUUUUUCAACAGCACUGACUUUCUGUACAUUAGGGUCCCAACAACCUACCUUGAUAUCCCUGAAACUGAAUUUGAAAUAGACUCCUUUGUAGAUGCCUGUGAGUGGAGGGUGUCAGACAUCCAGGGUGGGCAUUUCCGUUUGCUCAGAGGCUGGCUGCAAUCUUUAGUCCAGGACACAAAACUUCAUUUGCAAAACAUUCAUCUUCAUGAACCCAGUAGGAGCAAACUCACUCAAUACUCCACAGUGAACAAAGACAAAAAGAGAAGAUUAAAAAGGAGAGAGUCUUUGCUGGAACAAAAAAGUAAAAUUAAAGGCACUUUAGACAGAGAUGCUGAAUAUAUUAGAGACCUAAGGAGACACCUUAUCUUUUACCCAAGUGCACGCCCUGUACUCAGUUUAAGCAGUGGAAGCUGGACCUUAAAGCUUCAUUUCUUUCAAGAAGUUAUAGGGUCUUCGAUGAGGGCAUUGUACAUUGUAAGGGACCCUCGGGCAUGGAUCCACUCAUUGUUGUAUAAUAGCAAACCAAGCCUUUAUUCCUUAAAGAAUGUACCUGAGCACUUAGCUAUGCUGUUUAAGGUACGAAGAGAUAAAGACAAAUGCAACUUGAAUUCAGGCUAUGCUUUUGAAUAUGAGUCAUUGAGGAAAGAGAUAUCAGAUCCCAAAUCAAGUCCAGUGUCCUUACUGGCUCAUUUGUGGCUAGCAAACACAGCAGCAGCACUGAGAAUCAAUAAGGAUUUGCUGCCCACCAAUUAUCAGCUGGUCAGGUUUGAAGAUAUUGUGAAUUUCCCUCAGAAGACAACUGAAAAAAUUUUUACCUUUCUUGGUAUUCCUUUAUCUCCUGCUAGUUUAAACCAAAUAUUGUUUGCUACUUCCACAAACCUUUUUUAUCUUCCUUAUGAAGGGGAAAUAUCACCAACUAAUAUUAACAUUUGGAAACAAAACAUGCCUACUGGAGAAAUUAAGAUGAUUGAAGACAUCUGCUGGACACUAAUGGAUCUUCUAGGAUAUCCAAAGUUUAUGGACUGA